GGCCAGCUGGGAGAAUCCGGCGCCUGCCUCGCGCUGGGGGUGCGUGAGAAGCAGAGGGGCCAGCCGGGAAUCGGGGCCAUGGCGGAGGCCGCGGCCGAGAAAGCUUAUUACAGGUUCCUUGUGCUUUUCUUCAACUGUCUCUUGACCUUUGGCUCCUACUUCUGCUUUGAUAUUCCCAGUGUCUUGCAAGAACAGUUUCAAGGGAAUCUAACCUGCCCCAAUGGAACUCAACACAAUGGCACAGAACAUAAUGCAACAGCUGAUUGUGUGGAAGGUCUUGGAAUGACUCCUGAAGAAUACAAUCUUCUGUAUGCCAUCUAUGCCUGGACUAAUGCCUUGGUGGUGAUUGUGGCUGGCUUCCUGAUUGACAAACUGGGAAACCGCUUUGGUGUUUUUGUCUUCUCUUUCCUCACUGUCUUGGGAUCAUCCGUUUUUGCAUUGGGCUCCCACUUAAAAGGAACGCCGUACCUCUUGCCGCUGAUGCUGACGGGCAGAUUGCUUUUUGGGUCUGGAAAUGGAUCGCUUACAAUUGUGCAGAAUCGCAUCACGGCCUUUUGGUUCAAGGGAAAAGAGCUGGCUCUAGCAUUUGGAUUGACUCUCUCUUUCUCCCGUCUUGGGAGUGUCCUCAACUUCUUUUUCACCCAGCAGUUCGAAAGCCAUUUUGGAAUCCAGUGGACCCUUUGGGGAGGGGCUUUGCUGUGUGUGCUGGGCUUUAUUUCAGCAGUUACUGUCAGCGUGCUGGACAAAGUGGGUACGAAGCAGCUGGGCCUGGACGGCAUUAUCCAACAAGAGUCCAAGAAAGUGAGAGUUCAAGAUAUCCGAUACUUACCCCUUCGCUACUGGCUUUUGGUCCUUACUAUUAUGUUCUUCUACAACGGGGUCUUUCCUUUUGUGGCUGAUGCGAGUAAGUUCAUCCAAGAUAAGUAUCCUGGCUACAGUCAACAGGCAGCUGCUUAUAUAGCUGGAGCGGUUUAUGACAGCUCUCUUGUUCUCUCUGCGGCUGUUGGCAUACUGAUCGACUAUGUUGGGCUGAGAGGCGUAUUUGCUGUUGGCUGUGCAGUGCUCACAUUGCCUGUAUUUGCUCUCUUGGCCUUCACAUUCGUUCCCCCACUCGUCUCCACAGUCUGGCUGGGAAUCACCUACUCCUUUGCAGCCGCCAGCAUGUGGCCUUCCAUUCCACUCGUCGUUCCCCAAGCCACUUUGGGAACAGCUAUGGGGCUUGCGACGUCCGUACAAAUGGUUGGCAUUGGCUUCUCUAAUGUGAUUGUGGGACGGAUCUUGGGGACAAAGUCCAGUGAACUGAAGAUCCCCUUAUGGCGCUGGCAACAGAUGAUGGUCUUCAUGCUGGCAAACACCAUCGCUUGCAUUGGGACAUCUGUCUGCCUUAACGUAGUAGAUAAGAAGCAGGGUGGCACCCUGAACCGCUCAACCAAACGCUCACCAACCGAGGUGAUGGGCCGACAGCCCGUGGAUGCAGCUCCUCUUCUCAAUGAGGUGGAAGAAGAACGGUCUAUCAACUAAGAAGAGGCCUUCAGGACGUGGAGUAUAACGCAAAAGUGCCAGUGGAUCUCAUUCAACAACGUGUCCCCCUUUUUCUCCUUUCUUCCAGGGUUUAAUAAGGGAAUUUAAGAAACAGGGCAUAAAUCCAGCCUAUAGGAAUAGCUCCUUUCUGAGCCACUACUGUUAGGUGCUACAUGAUAACUGGCUUUUUCUUAGAAACAAAGAAUCUUACACUAUACCUAAUUCUACAGCUGCCAUGAGUGCCAAGAUCUUUAAUGCCGGCUUUUGAGAUAUUUAGCCAUUAAGAUUUAUUCUUCAUAGUGGGAAAUUUUCUACUGAGGAGGUUGAAGUAAUUUUUCUGUGGAUCUUACUGGAAGAAAGUCAGGAACGCAAAUUAACUACUCUGUGCCAGCAGCUGUAUAUACAAAUCUUGCACUCAUUUAAAAAAAAAAAAUCCCCUUGCACUGUUAAAGCUGAAUAACGGAUUUUGUGCUCAAAUGUGCUUGUGGCAUCUACUGCACCAGUAUUAUCAAUAGCCAAGUCAAUUUACAGAGAAAAUCCUUUAUAAUCUUCCUUCUCCAAAGCCAGGAGGUAUGAGUAAUAGUCGUAACUAAAAUUAAGUCAGAGUUUGCCUUCCUAACACAUCUGUUUGAAUUCUCUUGGCUUCGUGUUGAAAUAUAUUCUAACAAUAUUGAAAAUCCUAAUAUAUUCAAGAACUGAGGCAUUAUAGUACAAAACCAGAUUUUUCAUUCAAUUUCCACUUAAUUCCGACUUCUUCUGCAGAAGGGUUGCAGUAGCUCCAUCCUCCACCAUUUUGGGUCAUAAAGGCUAACGCGAAUGAUCGAUCUGACUGCAUAUUUUAUAUUCUGUAUCUCUUCCACAUAAUGUAAUUACUAGUCAUUGUGACUAUAUAGGUUGGUAAUUUCUCAAGAGGGCUGUUUUGCUCUAGACGUAGAAACAUUUCCAAACACAAUACACACUAACUAUAUUGACUUUACUCAGUCUGGACAAGGCCGACCACUCUCUGAGCUCAGCCCAGUGGCAUUUGAUGCUUUGAGCCAGCGGUAGGUAACAUGAUCCCACUAUGCGUUAGCUUUUGGCUCCGCUGUCCUUCAAGCCUUAAACUUAAGAUGUUGCACUGCAAUUAUAAAAUAACACAAGCCCAUGCCAGUAACUGUUCCCAGCAUUAUGGAGCCAAUUGCUGAUAGGAUCACCAUUUGAUUGAUAGGAAGACCAUGCUCUGAUUUGGGGAAGGGAGGAGAUACCACCAAAUUCUCCAGAAUUUGGAAAAAAUAGGAUGUAGACUGCAUGCUGAAGGCAGGGCUCCCUGAACGUAGAUGGAUGCGCGUCUCUAAAAAUGCACAUCACCAUUUCUGAGCCAAUCCCUUCUAUCAUUUCACUAUCAAAUUACAAGCUCACUUGCAGCCCGCUUGGUUUCAAAGCAGAAUGCCAACCUUAGCUUGUUGUUUCUCUACCUCAGCUUGUAGAACAACAAAAAAAACAAACCAAACCAGUGACCUGUAACUGCUGGGGCAGGCUGCUUGGAAUCGUAAGUUUUAGAAUGGGAAAUAUGCACACAUUUUUCUGAAGUGACUGCCAUAGUGGGCGUGGCCACCCCCAAGGGGCCUCUUUGCAAAAUUAUAGUUAAUCAUUGUUCCAAGCGUUCCCUCUGGCCUUGCAGGAUGUUCUCUGUGCUUCAAGGCUACUUUUGCCAUUACUUCUAAACAAAGCAUUGGGGUGCAGCCAUCUACUGUUUCUCAGAAUGUCUGUGCAGCCCAGCUUGCACGAAAACAAGACUGCCAGCUUUUUUUUUUAUUGAAAUUAACUGUCAAAUGAUAUAAAGAGCAAUGGACACAUGUUGAUUUGCCUAAGAGCAGCACUGUUCACAUUUAGACACUGGACAGGGAAAAAAAAGGAUACUGGCAGUGCUACAAAGGGAUCAAGUUAAAAAAAAUGUGGAUACACCACACAACCAUCUUGACUAAUGUGAGAGCCAAUGGUACAGCAGUGGAUUCAAUCAAGUUACUGCUAUUUCCCUGAUCAUUGUUACAAAGGAAGUCUUAAAGGCAUUUCAGUCAAACAAAAACAUUGUGUACUUACGACAGGAAGAACUGGGGAAAUGCUUUUGAUUCCCCUGUAUAGAUUGUCAAUUUAACAAAAGGAACUGCUUGCAUCAUAACUUGUUCAAAGUUUUACUGCAUAACCUAUGGAAACUGAGCAGUCAGUUCAAAGGUUGAGUGUCAAGGUUGCACAGCUAAUGAUCGUGCCACCCCACAAUGGCACAAAUAAAAGGAAUUCCACAAACCUUGCUUUUUUUUUUUUUUUGCCUCCAACAAUAGCUUCUGUGACUCAGAAUUCAUGCAACAUACUGUUAGUUUUGUUACAGUAAAAUCUCAGGAUUAUCAGCAACCUCACAAGAAAUGAC